GUACCUAUCUUCAUCUGUCUCGUUGCCUUUUGGGAGUUUGUCAGCAGCACACACAGGACUGACUGACUCAAUUCCAGCUGGUUUUGCCCUGUGCAAGGAAAUGGCUACAGAACAUGCAGAUUCUUCGGCCCCAGGUCUCUUGCGGGCAGAGCAAGGGAAGAGGAUGAAAACAGAGGGGCAGAGGCCAGUGGUCCCCGAGCCAGGGAAGGGUGGAGGAAAAGACCCUCGCCUCAUCCGUUCCGAGAACAUCCGGGACUUCUGGGAAAGGACCGUACCGGAGGAAGUGACUCAGGAGCAACGCAAGGGUCUGCAACAGCGGUGGGAAUCUCAAUUGCAGGAGUUCCUGAAGGCCGUGGAGACUCCAAACUCAGAAAGGGAAAGCCCACAGAUCCUGGGGCCUCUUCCGAGAAACAAUACUUUGGCUUUUCGGUCCUCUUUUGUGGGGACAGCGAACUCCAGCCAGCUGCCCAGAGGUGCUCAGCUCCUACCUGGCCUCAGUAUAAAUGCUCCCUCAGCCAAGGAAAGUCUGGUAGCCAAAGACAAGACAGAUUGUAAGAAAGCCAAGGGGGAGGUCCUGAUUGAGGAGCCUGUCAAUUCAUAUGUUGAAUGCCAGCUUUUCAGGCAGUUUGACUACCAGGAAGCCGAGGGACCCCGAGAGGCUUGCCGGCAUCUCCGGAGACUCUGCCAUCAGUGGCUGAAGCCCGAGAGACACACCAAGGAGCAGAUCUUGGAACUGGUGAUCCUGGAGCAGUUCCUGGCCAUUCUGCCCCCAGGCAUGCAGAGCUGGAUUGGGGAAUGCAGCCCCCAGACUUGUGCCCAGGCAGUGAUCCUGGCAGAAGACUUCCUGCUGAGACAGCAAGAGGAUGAGAUUCAGGAGGAGCAGGUGACGUCUCCGUUUGAGGAAGGCCCAGCCCAGAAGACACCACUGGACUCCUGGCAGAGGCUGCACUUCGGGGGGCUGAAACAGGAGAGUGAUGCAGGAGUCUCCUUCUUGGGUGAGGAGAAAAUGUGCAGGAAGGAAAAAAACCUGUCGGAAAGCUCAGGGGGUCUGUCCCCAUCUUGGAUGCUGCCAGGUCGAGUGGAACAGAACAUCGCCAUCUGUUCAGAUCAGGGGGAAACUUCAGAAAGCCUGUACGAGAACCGCUUGGAGAAGGAAGUGGGUCAAUUCAUAAAUUCGCUGGGGACCUAUGAGGACUUGGACGAGAGCGUCUUGCAGCAGAGGAACCUGCUCAGUGAGAGAGACAACUCCUGCCAUGUGUGUGGGAAAAUUUUCCGGCGGCGGUCGAACCUUAUAGCGCACGAGAGAACCCACUCAGGGGAGAGGUGGUACAACUGCUCAGAUUGUGGGAAGAGCUUUGUCAGCAGGGCUGCCUUCUUGAUCCACCAGAGGGUGCACACCGGGGAGAAGCCGUACAAGUGCUCGUACUGCGGGAAAGGGUUCAACACCGGUUCGAGCCUCACCAGGCACAAGCGGAUCCAUACGGGUGAGAAGCCGUACAAGUGCUUGGAUUGUGGGAAGCGGUUCAAUGACUACUCCAAUUUCAUCGUCCACAAGAGGAUCCACACAGGCGAGAAGCCGUACGAGUGCUCGGUCUGCGGGAAAAGAUUCAGUGACAAUUCCAACUUUAUCAAGCACCAUCACUGAAAGAGGAAAUACGUUUUUUGGAAAGGAAGAAAGGAAGAGAUGGUUUAAAAUGGCAUGAAAAGGUAACCUGUUGAGGCAGUGGUAGACCAUCGCUUGCCACAGUAGGUUCUAUGUGAGGUGAAAAAAACAGGUUCCCCACAGACUACCUAUGUAUCACAUUUUUAUCUUCCUCCAGGGGACUCACAGAGAAGUAUGUGGUUUUCCCCUUCUCAAUUUAAUACUCACAACGUCUCCGUGAGGUAGGUUAGGUGGAGAGAAAGAGAAACUGGCCUCUGUGAGAUUUAUGGCUGAAUGGGAAUUUGAACCUGGGUCUCCCCUGCUUUCUCUCAGCACCGUAUAACACUGGGAAUAAUGAGGCUUGCCUAUCUUUCAGCGUUACUAGCAAGGAUUACCAUGUUAAUAUACGCACCUGGUUGAGCACUAAGGGAUCAUAUAGGACUAUGGAAAGGGACAGAUUCAAUUUCCAGUGCCAGAUCUGGUUCUGCCCUUCCCCCCCAAGAAACACCGACAGUGUUGUGUGGUUUUCUUCACCUGCAUUUUAUCUUCAUAGCAAGCCUCUGCGGUAGCUUAGAACUAGACUGAAUAUCAGCCAGUGAGCUUCACCAUGGCUGAGUGAGGAUUUGAAUCCAGGUCACAGCUCACCCUCUAAAUAUACCAAUUCUCUGUUGCCUUGGCUAAGCAUCUCUUUGCUUUCCUGGGAGGUUGUGGCUAGCGGAACUCGCAUUACAAGCUUCCUUGGCUUCCAAUUUGCUUGAAAUUUCGACUUAAUGUCUCUUGAAGGGGAGCUGCCCAACCAGUCUAUACGUAAAUGGAGCGCAAGUCACCUGCAUUCAGCUCAUCCCUGGCUGUGAGGGUCAUUUAUCUAGAAUUGCCUUUGAGCCUAUGAAGCUGCCUUAUACCAUGUCAGACUGUCAAUCCACUACUAACUCUGUCCGGCUCCAACUCGUAACAGCUCUCGGGCCGGAGAAGAUGUGACUUGAUACCUGCGACUUGAUAUCCUAUAGCUGGAGAUGCCAAGGAUCAAACCAGAGACCUGCAGUAAUGCAGAUCUUUUGCCCCACCUCAUACCCACAUGCUCACCCCUCCUCUUGUCCCUCUCCAGGGUGAGAGCUGACAAUCUUCUGCACCGGGACACUCCAAAGUUGCUGUGUCUUCCGAGCCUCCCCAACCCUCAGCGGGCCAUCUUGCCAGUGACGAGCACACAGAAUCCAAAUACGCAGUCUGGGUUUAUUCAGCAUGCUGAGGAUUGGUGGGGGAUGCAGAUCCAGUCUCGGCAUUAGGAAAGAACUAGAAUGUGGACUGUCUCUUUAAACCACCCUGUCAGGGAAGGGGGCUUCAAGUUCCGUGACUGCUUCAGCAUUCUCCAAAUUUCUGGUAUCCAAGGCAUAUAUUUUAUGAAUUUACAAUUGGAGAUGUGCUUCAAGGUCUCUCGCUCU